AUGCCAGGUCGCUGUACCGAGAUCGAGUCUUCCUUUUCAGAGGAACCGAAGCCCCUUUCGCUCGGCGGCGAGGGCGUGCGCCGGCGCGUUGGAGCGCCGCUUCCCCCCCUCCCCGCUGAACGCGGAGAGCGGGCGGGACGGGGCUGCGGAUUGGGGCAGCAGCGGGCUAGUACUACGGAGGAGACAGGCGGAACGGGCGGGGUGGACGACUCACGCUCAGGCUCUUGUCCACCAAUGGUAGGUGAAGGCUUUAGAGAGAUGGAUGUGAAUAGGAAAAGGAAGGAAGAGUGUGGCAGGAUAUUGGCGGAGAGAAAGCAACCAGUGUGUGUGGAUGCUGAGACCUUUCCGUUCAGUCUAAUUGGGAACAUAGAGGAGGGAGUCCCUGGAGAACGGAAAACGUUUGGGCAAAUGAGUGAACGGAAGGCAGACGUGAAAGGAAUAUCGCGUGAAAGAGUGAAAGAUCUGCGCAAAGCAGGCGUUCUGAUUGCGAACUUUGAUACCGCCACUUCGCGAACGAUUCGUGGCGUCGUUGGAGAAAGAGGGCAGUCUGGCCUUUGGAGGGCGCGCUGUGGGAGACGGAAGCGCCGGGCCUGGGGCUUUCGGGGCGUGCUGGUGGCGAAGCGGGGAGGGGCGGCGGGGCGCCGGCGCCGUGGGCAAGAUGGCGACGCGCGCGUAUUGAUCGCCGCCGCCGCCGCCGCUGGCGGCGCGCGCGUCCGGCGGUGCCUGGCGGCGGGCGGCACUCGCGGAGGAGGCGGCGACGACGCGAGUAGGCGGCGGGAGCGCGGUGGCGGUGGCGGCGGCGCGGCGAACGGCGCUCCUGUGAGCGGGGGCGACCCCGACGCGCGGAGCCGGCGCCGGGGCGGGCGGGCAACCCGCACGACGCUCGUGUUGAGGGGGCGGUCGAUCCCGUGCGCCACCCGGCUUAUGAAUGACGCUCGCUUGGCUGCACGGGCAUGUGCAUGGAUGCGUGUAUGUGUACGGCGUUCUUCGAGAGUUCGGGGACUCCCCGCCGUGACGUUGCGAUUUCUCGGGAGUCGAUGCAUCCUCUCGGCGUUGGACCGCCUUUACAUGCUAAUCUCUGCUAUCCCUCAGGGUGGAAGGAUGUGCUUACCCCACUCUGCGCUCGUGCUGCGCCUCUCCGGAGCAGGAAGGGAAUUUCCCGAGGGCAGGAGAGGAGAGGCGAGGCGGGGCGAAGGGAGGGGACAGGAGGAGGCGCCGCCGUCGGUCGAUAUCGAACCCCGCACCGCGUCGAACGACGGACGCUCGCCUAGACGCAUGAGAACAAAGGAAGCACUUGCCGGCGGCGAAUUACGGCCGAAUCACGCUUGCUCCUCCCGGCGUACCGAGCGUCGGGUUGCCCUGCGAGCGAAUGGGCUGGCGAACGCGAUCGAGUGGCGUUGUGUCGGAUGUCGCGGACGCGUUUUGACCUGCGUCGGGGGGCAGGUACUCGCCUGCUCGGGGCCCGGCGACGAGGGUCGGGCGCCAUUCGCGAGGCGGCGCGGCGCGGCUGCGGCAAUGCCAGGCGGACGCCGCGCCGCGCCGCGUCGGGCAUCGAACCCUGGCGCGGCCCUCUUCCCACCACGUGCCUUUCACCGGCACAGCAGGGCACUAACCCACUUGCAGGCGCCGCCCCGCUGCCUGCACACGCGCCUGCCGGCGUUCGGGUGGUCAGACGUACGUUUUAGCGCGGUAAAAUGUCGGUCUCGUCAGCUGCUUUCGGUGAAACAGUUAUUUCUUACGUUGCAGUACCGCCGCGGACGAACUUCAAACUUCAAGCGCAAGGUCGCAAUACUACUUGCUCGCCCGGGAAGCCCGACGCCUCUGCGAGCACGGGCCGCUUCACGUGACUGCGCUCCCAUUGCCCCUCCAAAUCUAGAAAGGGGUGUGUACGCGCAGUCUUGUCGGCGGGCGGGCGGCGCCUUUGCCCGGCCGGCCUGCCUGCCGGCGGUUGCGGCAGUCGCUCGCGCCGACGAGCAGCCAUGUGCGCUGCCUGGAGGCCCGGCCCUUGAUGUUCGCCUGCCGAUGAGAGGGAAGCGAGGUGGAAUUGGAAAAUUAAUUCCAACCAGGGUAGUUUUCUUAAAGGAGAUGAACAUUUACGACGAGGAUUUUGGCGUAUUCCUGUAUUAUAAUAAUAAUAAUAAUAAUAAUAAUAAUAAUAAUAAUAAUUUUAAAAAUCUCCGCGGAAGGGAAGGGGGAUUUAAUUUGCGAAAGAAGACGAGCGUGCGCGCAGCCCAGGCAACAAAUGAAGGCGCUGCGCGAAGCUGUCGAAGGAAUUGCGUCGCCGCGUGCUGUGGACGUUUGUUCCUUACCUUUUGUGCUUGUGUGUGUGUUUGUAAGAGAGAGAGAGAGACAGACAGACAAAGAAGAGAGAGAGAGAGAGUUGUGAUGUGUUGA